UCGGGGACGCUGGCCAUGCUGAGGUGGGAGGGGUCGCACAGGAAGGGUGGGGCAGGGGCCGCGGGGCGCACGCUUCCGACUCCCGGAGCCGCCACCUCCUCCAGGUCCGGCCAUGUGAGGGGCUCGGGGUGGUCCAGCCGCGGAGGCGAGUCCCCUCAGGACCCCGCGCCCCCGCCCCCCGCCGCCUUCCCGGGCCCGGGCGCGGGCUGGGCCCGCCGCGGAGCGCGCGCAGGGGGCGGCGGGAGGCCGGGCGGGCCUGGGGGCGGGGCCGGCGCGCGAGGCCCGGCCGCCGCAGCGCCGCCGUGCGCCAGGCGGGCCCCGCCGCGGCGGAGGGAUACGGCGUGCCUUAUAUAUAUACGGCGGGGCGCCGGCUCGCGCUCCGGCAGUGGCGCUGGGAGGCUCGUGGACGCGGCGCCGUUACUCGCAGUCGGGCGGCGGCGCAGGCGGCGGCGGCGGCACAGCGCGGAGCGCACUCGGCUCCUCAGCGGCGGCGGCGGCGGCAGCAGCAGCGGGAGGCCCCCUCGCCGUCACAGCCCCUGCGCGGGUGCAGCCAGCCUCGCUCCCUCCGAUCGCGCUCCCUUCGCCCGCGCCAUGGCUGAUCAACUGACCGAAGAACAGAUUGCUGAAUUCAAGGAGGCUUUCUCCUUAUUCGAUAAAGAUGGUGAUGGCACCAUCACAACGAAGGAACUUGGAACUGUCAUGCGGUCACUGGGUCAGAACCCGACAGAGGCGGAGCUGCAGGACAUGAUCAACGAAGUGGACGCUGACGGUAAUGGCACCAUUGACUUCCCAGAAUUUCUGACUAUGAUGGCUAGGAAAAUGAAGGACACAGAUAGUGAAGAGGAGAUCCGUGAAGCAUUCCGAGUCUUUGACAAGGAUGGAAACGGCUAUAUCAGUGCGGCGGAACUGCGCCACGUCAUGACAAACUUGGGGGAAAAGCUCACAGAUGAAGAAGUAGAUGAAAUGAUCAGAGAAGCAGAUAUCGACGGAGACGGACAAGUCAACUACGAAGAAUUCGUACAGAUGAUGACCGCAAAAUGAAGACCUGCUUUCAACUCCUUUUCCCCCUCUAGAAGAAUCAAAUUGAAUCUUUUACUUACCUCUUGCAAAAAAAAAAAAAAAAAGAAAAAAGUUCAUUUAUUCAUUCUGUUUCUAUAUAGCAAAACUGAAUGUCAAAAAUACCUUCUGUCCACACACACACACACAAUCUGCAUGUAUUGGUUGGUGGUCCUGUCCCUAACGAUCAAGCUACACAUCCGUUUUACACUAUACAUACUUGUACUACCUUAACGAUAAGGAAGCACUUAGUGGACUCCUUCAGGUUCCAUUGCUGAUGAUCCUAACACGCGUGUGGGCUGGCCAGUCCGUCAUGCAUGCGGCCUGAUGACAGUACAGUCAGGCGUUUGUAUCAAAACCAAAAAAUGAAAGAAAAAAAACCAACAAAUUCAAAACUCACCCAGAUGGGUUCUCGUUCAAUUUGUUAGGAUAAAUAGCUGGUUUCCUGAAAACAAAUGCGUUUAAAAUUGCUUUACGUCAGGACGCCGUGCAGUGAGACGGUUGAGGGGUGAGCUGUUGAGAUGUAGGCCCACUACAGGAUGGUCCUCCUGUCCCUCUGUGCUCCGGCCCACGGUGACAGCCACGCAGCCUCGUGGCACGCCCGCCUGCGCUGGCUUAGCGUCUGCCGGGCUGUUACCAUUCACGCAAAUUUUUAAUGAGAAACUUUUCCCAAGGGAGCAUCUCUGGACUCUCUGUUUUAAAAACCUGCAGCAUGACUUGGAGCCGGCAGAGUAGGCUGUGGCUGUGGACUCCAGCACAACCAUCAACGUGGCUGUUCAAGAAACUACGAUUACGUCCAUUCCAAGUUGUAAAUGCUAGUCCUUUUUUUUUUUUUUUUCCAAUAAAAAGACCAUUAACUUAAAGUGGUGUUAAAUGCUUUGUAAAGCUGAGGUUGAAUGGGGACGAGGCCAGCCUCUAUCUGAGCUCCGUCCCCAGCCUGCCUUGGGUUUCCUCCCCUCUCUCCCAGGAUCCUGGCGCUGACCUCUGAGCCCAAGACCUUGCCUAUAAAACAGCAGACAGCAGUCGCUCCCUGCACGCACUUUCGCCAUGGGAGAGGGGGAGAAGCAAACCACAGGCCUGUUGAGCUGGAGCUCGCCCCGCAGGGCAGCCGCCUUCCUUCCAGCACACGUUUCGGGGCUCUCGGGCAUCCUGCCGAGUACCUGUUUUACGUAACUCCCCGAGACCAUCUGCAGGAGACAUGAUUUAGUGUGUGUGUAAUUGAAUCCUCUAAUCCUCUGCUGUGUGUGAUGGAAGCAGUAGUCAACUUCUAGGCCAGUCUAAAUGCCUAAAAGACACCACCGGUCACCUCUGAUUGCUGGCUUCUGAUGUGUGGUAAUACUCAGCCUCUUUUUAAACCUUUUUCUUAAAAGUUGACCGCUUUGCGUCCCCCCCCCCCCCAAAAAAAAAAAAAAAAAAACUAAUGCUAGCCUCUGGCGUGAGAGUCACUGCAGCCCAGGGUGAAUUUGUGUCUAAUUAUAAACCUGCAACCCAAAGCAGGCAUGCUGGUCCUCCUUGCGGUGGGAUUGGCCUGUUGAAAAAGCCCCCUUAAGAAACUGCUCGCUGUUGAGAUGGAAGCUGGCUGUGCUUUUUCUUUUUCAGGUGUUAACUGGUUGUAUCUCAGCCAGGACUUGCGGGUUGUGCGUUGGUAUGUGUGGGUGGCUUUAAUUUGCUGGGGGCCGGGCUGCCAGUGUGGCAGUGAGCAGCUCUCCGUGGCCGAAUGGGUGUGUUCUGGAGACGGGGCUGGUUCUGGAGACCCUGGGCUGCUCCUCCCUCUCCUACUCCCUGUCCUCCGGCGUUUUGCAGCUUGUCAGAUCCUCUGCCGGAGGAACAGGUCCGAGCGGUGGAGAGGACCCGUUACCCAAGUGCCCGUGCUGUAGCGCUGGGCCACGGUGGUGGGCAGAGGAGAAGUUGAUGCCCAGGGCUAGGCGGGCUUCUGCAGCUUCCCUGACUGGGCACGGAGCACCCAGGAACACCCUGGCGUUUCUCCUGGAGAACUGGGGAGUACUGCGGGCUUCUGGCUUGAGUGAGGGUGGGGGUCACAUGGCUGCUUGUCCUUUCAAAGGAGUGUAGUGGGUGAUGUGACUGGUUUUUCAGCACUCAGCCUUCUAACCUCUUGCCGAGUCUUUCUAGAAGCUGGGUGAACUCCAUUUUAUGGGUCCACAGCCUGUCUUAAGACUUAAGCCUUUGAAAGAGGGUUGUUGUGGGGACUGAAAGCCCUACUCCCGUGCCCCAGGAGUGCCGAGUUCCAGCGUGGAGCAGGAGUGAGGCAGCGUCCGGUGCGGCGCUGUGCCCUUCGAGGGGACAGCCAGCCCCGCAGGGUCGGGCAUUGGCGGCUUGCGUGGGUCUGGGCCCUCAAGGAGAUAGCUGGGUGUCGUGGCAGGACUGCGAAGCUGGUUCGCACCUCGCUGUGAACUCCUGCCCGGACUUCCAACCACUCUAUACAUAUAUACAUAUAUUUAUAUAUAGAAAGCGCCUAGUUUUAACUGGCAUCCUGCUUUAGCCUGAGACUUGCCGUAAGAAACUGCUGAGUACUUGGCAAACCCUCUGCUAGUUUUGCUCUCCAUCUGUCUGGGGUAGGCGUUAAGGCAAGCGGAUCUCAACUCUUCAGAUGGGCUUUUGAUGAAGCACUGUUGCCAGGGCAGGCUUUUUCUGAUUUUUUGACAAAUUUUUGCACACUUUAAAUUGGUGUCUUUCGGCAACUUGAAACACAUUGGAAAUGAGCUAUUGUACAUAUUUUUAUAUUCUCUUUAUAAAUGCAUGUGUGACUGUACUUGUAACAAUAUCGUGAUGAACAGCUGUCCAGUAGGCCUAGCGCUGCUGUCACAUCAGAGGAAUAGCAUAUGAUGAGCCCUUCCGCUUCUUCCGGAACAAAGAAUGUAAAUUUGGUCAAGUCUACUCUUCCUUCAAUUAUUUUACACAUUUGAAUUAUUUAUUGUGUAUCCUCAAUCCAUUUAUCCUUCUGGGCAGUGACUAGGUUCCCACUAACGUGUCUUAAACCUACCCUUUGGCUGGCAGUGAACUAUCUUCUCUUCCAACCCCUUGGAGCUGUCCCGUAGGAGACAGAAGUCCUUUGCUGUCUGUACCCCCUGGAGUAAGCAGGCGGCAUUGGCUGAGUGUGUGUGCUUUCUGCAAAUCUGUGGCAAUGUUCAUUAAACACUUCUGUAGCAAAGAUGGUGGUGGUUCUUUUGUGACUGAAGUUGCUGUGCAGCGUGGCGAUUUGGAAAAGGGAUGCACUUGAACGUGUCUGUAAAUCUCGCGGUAAACUGUCUGGAGAUUUAACCACCUCUCUGCUGGGGGACCAACUCUAUGGAAAUUGUAAAUAAGUUUUAUUUAUAAACCUGGCACUGUAUUCAAUAAACAUUUCUGCAGCCUUUCAUCUCUA